AUGGACGACACUUACCUAGAAUUUUUCGUCAAAUCCUUCACUUAUUUGAAUAUGUGGCCCGAAAAAAACACUUUUUGCACCACUUUUCAACAAUAUUACGUUUCAGUAAUCAUCACAAUAACGACAUUUCCAAUUUUAGCUGAUUUAAUAACACAAUUUCGCGAAGAGUACAUUUCUUUCACUAGUGUUAACGAAAACUUUGUCGCAUUAAGUGCCCUCUAUGCUGUUACUUACGUUUCCGUUUGUUUUAUCAACCGGAAACACAAAAUCAGGGCUUUGAUAGCCGACUUGGCCCUUUUUGAAAAGUUCAGUUCAAAAUCAAUUAUCGCUGAAACAGACAAAUCGGUGAAAUUUUACACUAAAUUAUUUAUAGUUUACGGAAUUGUGGGCAAUUUGUGUUAUGGGCUAUUGCCCAUUUUGGGCUAUAAGAAGUGUCAUGAAACCAAAUCCGAUCAUAUGAUUAAGUAUGGAAUACCUUGUGGACUUGUAGUCCGAUUUUUGUUCCCUUUCAAAUUCGAUUAUUCGCCACUUGCCGAACUUGUAGCUUUGUACGAAAUUAUUAUUUGCAUUUUGGGCACUAGUGUGGUUGUGAUAAUCACAACAUUAAUCUGUGCUAUUUUACUACACAUCACUGUGCAGUUAAAAUGUCUCAAACAAAUUAUUCUGGACUUGUCCCAAGUCAGCGAUAUGGAAGUUUUGGAGAAGAAAAUGAAGUUUUGUGUCAAAUAUCACACUGCAAUUUUAGAUUAUGGGAUUCGAACCGAUUUAGCUUUCAACGAAAUGAUGCUCUUGCACAUAACCUGGACCGGAUUUAUUAUAAGUGUUCUUGGAUUUGAAAUCACUACAACUGAUGAUUAUGUCGAAGCUUUUCGAUUUUUUAUGCAUUUGUUGGGGUGGUUAGGAAUGCUAUUUUUGGUGUGUUACUACGGCCAAAAAAUUUUAGAGGAAAGUUUGGCCAUUGCUGAUGUCACUUAUUCGUUCCUUUGGUACCAAAAAUCGGUGAUAGUCCAAAAAUACGUUCUCCUGAUUUUAUUACGAAGCCAAAAAGCCUUGACUUUGAGAGCGUGUGGGGUCAAAGUCAUGUCUUUGGCCACAUUUUUGGGGGUCUUGUACUCGGCAUAUUCGUAUUUCACUCUACUUUUGAAAUUAAAACCGUAAUGGCCAUCUUCAACGAGUCACGCUGUAGAUGUCUUUUAUUAUAGUAAAAACGUUUUAUUGAAUUUAUUUUAAUUUCGUUUUGCCGAAACUGUGACCAAUAUAAUUUAUUUCUUGUGUAGUUUUACAUUUCUGAAACGCAUUCUAAAUAGGCAACCAACAGUUGACAUUCAAUUUGCAAAGUGGGCUAUGUAAGAAAUGUCAAAAAAUUCAAUUAACAAUUUCAUUAAAAUUCUCUCAAAUUAUUGGUGAAAAUAGUAGUGGAGUGGUGCAAAGUAACAAAUCGUUGCUUGCUAUAGGAGUAUUGUGCAAAUAUAACAUGUAUAAAUUAAAUAAAUUUGAAAAAAAAAACAUGAAUGGUUUUGAAGUUAAGUUUAUAGACAGUCCAUCAGAGGGCGCUGCAAUUUUUCAAGUGGCUCGAAUGUGUUGAAACCUGAAAUGUUUAACAGUUUUUAAACAUUAAAAAGUGUGUGAAGUUGUGUGAGU